AUGUACAACGGCAUUGGACUACCCACAGCUCGUGGCUCGGGCACGAAUGGUUAUGUGCAAGCAAAUCGAGCCAGUCUAUUCCUGUCAAAAGUACGUGUCAAAUACAAUUCAGAAGCUGAUAUCAAACGUGCGGAGGCUGAAUUAAAUCGACCACCAAACGCUGAACUAUUGGAACACAUGAAGAAACGGCAAAUUGAAUUGAAAUGUGCUGAUUUUGAAAUGCUCAUGGAAGACAAGGGCUUCGAUGCAGCUGACAUCGAGAAAAAAGUGGGUGAGUAUCGAAAAUUAUUGUUGAGUCAAGUGAUAUCUGGUGAGUUGGAUAUUGAAAGCGAAAUGAGUAUGAAUGAUAGUCAUGCAAGAGCGAAGGCAGCUAUCGAAAAUCGUGAUCGUAUGCGUGCUGCACUUGGAAUCGAUGAAAAAUUCGUGGAUGGAAGUUCAUUUGAAAAGUUCGUUACAUUCUUUGUUCCAUCAACCGUUGAGGAUGAUGUCGAUGUGAAGAAAAGAAAUUUGGAUGAUAGCAGCAAAACAGGGAAAAAACAACAAGACAAAAGAAAAGCUGAAAAUGACAAGAAAUCACCGAGCAAAAAGCGAUCACAGAGACAUCGAUCUGAAACGUCUUCAUCAUCGAGUGAUAGUUCAGCGUCAUCAGAUUCCAGCGACUCGGAUUCCGAUUCCAGCUCAUCACCAUCACCUGAAUCUGAAUCAGAUGCUGCUGCAACAUCAUCAUCGUCAUCAAAACGUACCUCAAAAUGCCCUCAUACGUCCAGAAAAUCAGAGGAUGUGAAAUAUGAUGAUGAUGUUGAUAAGAGUAACCAUUUGAAAGCAGUGAAGAAAAUGGAUAAGACGAAAGCAAAUAAAUAUGGUCAGAAUGUUGAAGAAUCAUGUGAAAAGGACAUCAGAGUGAUGAAGGAUGAUGGUGAUAAUUUUGAUAAAGGAACAGAUAAACGCAAAAGAAGUGCAGAGAAAGAUGAUGCCACAGAUGGGAGGGAAGCGUCGAAGAGAAAAAGAGAGUAUUCAUCGCCAACAUCUCAUAGUAGAGGCAAUUAUCGUGACGAAGAAGGAGAUAGUCGUCAUCAUCGUCGAAUUCGGGAGCAACGUUAUCAAUCAUCGCCGGGUUAUCACCGUAGAGGAGCAGACCGAGAUCGAUAUGAUGAAUACCGUGGUCGAACUGCUCGAGACCGCGGAGACGAUCGAUUUGAUCGUUCGGAAAGUCAUCACCGUUACAGAUCCUCUCAUUUCUCUCAACGUCAUCAGUUGGCGAAUGAAAGUGGCGAUGAAAAAGAUAGAAGUAGAAGAAUAGAGAAAGGUAGAUAUGAGCAUGAUCGUAAUCAUCGUCAUGAACGAGAAGAGGACGAUUCCGAAUUAAAUCGUGGCCGAGUUGGUGAGGAUCGAGCACAUGAUCGGGAUUGUAAACGACAUGAUUCAGAUGAAGAAGAAGAAAUAAGAACGAAAGAACAGCACUAUGAUAAUGAGCGUAAAUUGCGUAAAAAUGAUGAUCGCAAUCUGCAGAAGCGACAUCGUCAAUCUUCGGAAGAUGUUAGCUGCAGCAAACCCAAGCAACAACAGAAAGACGACCAACAAGGUAAAGAUGAUGUUGGCGGUGGUGAAGGUAGUAAAAGAAAUGAAGGAGAACAUAGAGAGAACCGUCGUCAUAAUCGUUAUGAUAUUUCAGAUUCUGGCGACCAGGAUGACGAUGUUCAUCAAAAAACUGAAAAGUCAGGACAGCAGUCGUUAAAGUCACAUUCUCAUCCUGCUCAUGAUCACCGCUCAAGAUCAAAGCAGCAACAGUCAGCAUCUUCCUCUUCUGAGUCCUCGUCAAGCUCUUCGUCAUCAGAAUCUGAUGCCAGCAGCCUGGGUUCAGACUCAGACUCUGGUUCAUCUACCUCAACUACUGAAAAAUCCCAUCAUACAUCAGAAAAGGGCCACUCAAAGAAUCACAAAUCUUGUAAUGAUGAUGGUGGUUCUGUUAAUGUUUCAAAACUUCGUGAACCUGUUUGUACGAGUGACUGA